GUCUAUUUAGUACCUGAAAGCUGAAGACCAUUCAUUCACUUCUAGUGAUUGUAACGAUGAAGUUAUUAAUCCUAGUUUUGUUAAGCGUUAUAGUGUUGUGCUAUUGUUAUCCUGAAGGUGCGCCCAGUUGUAAGCUUAAUGUGCCCUCACAUGAAAAGACAAAAGCAAAGUCGGGUAAAGCGCCGUAUAAUAUAGUGGUCACAACACCUAAAACACAAACUAAUGGCGAAAAGACUGUCACCGUUACGAUCAGUGGAAUCGGUAGCAAAACAUUUAAAGGAUUUCAUAUGACUGCAAGAGUGCCCAACUCUAGUGCCACUAUUGGCAAAUUCACGCCAUCAGACAACGCAAAGAUCUUACAGUGCAAUCCAUCGUCGAAUGCUAUAACACAUAAGGAUAACGAAGAUAAGGAAAGCAUAUCAUUUAGUUGGUCGGCACCCAAAAAAUACAAAGGAAAGGUUGAAUUCAGAGCUACAAUAGUUAAAGAGUACAAAGAAUUUUAUACAAAUGUUAAGUCAUCUCAAGUGGUUAUUAAUUAAGUUACUAUUGUUUUUAUAAUAAUUUACUUAUAUAAAGAUUUUUCCA